CUUGUUUUUUUAAUAGGAAUAGCAUUGUUUUCUGAGUCUCAGUUCAAUCUUUCUUCCCCCCUCCCCUCUCUUCUCUCAAAUAUUCAUGGAAAAUCUAUUACGGGGAAGUUCAAUGCCCAAAAGCAGAGUGCAGAUUGCGAUAUGGACGAUUGAGCUCCUCCUUAUGUUCGCCGGAAUCAUCUCCACCUUCCUUUUAGUCAAGGCGGCGGUGAUUCCAUACACGGCGGCGAUGGUGGUGUCUACUCUUCCGAGUCUCUGGGUCUCAUUCAGGACCUGGUUGUCUCCGCCAUACAUAUACAUCAUCCUUAAUUUCAUCAUCAUCUUCAUUGCUGCUUCCUCUACUUUCCACCACCGGAAUCGCCAUAGCCCCCUGCUUGACGUAGACGAUGAUUAUAAUUCACAGGGUAUUCCACCACCACCAAAGCAGAACAACGAAAUCCACGACCGGAAAGCACCAAACACCACCACCACCACCACCACAAGUUUCUCAGAGAAAGCUGAUCUUACCCACCAAACCUGGCGCGAUAUGCAAGACCAGAACUGGGUUGAACCACCACCACCACCACGGCGAAUCAACCAAACCCAGCACCGUGAAGCACCAAACACUUCCACCACCAACCCAAAUAAACAUACCCACCAAAACUGGUCGCGCAAUAUAAAAGACCAGAACUGCGUUGAAAAAGCCACUAACUCUCCACGGGAGAAAACCCAGCAGUCGUCAUUAACAAAGAGGCCGGAGAAUGGCUCGAAAAAUGCCGCCGGAGAGAUUAACGAGCUGAAAAUGAGAGAGGAUAAUGAUGAUGAUGAUACAUUGGAGGCAACGUGGAAGGCAAUAUCAGAGGGAGGAGGCAAGCCAAAGACUAAGAAACUCAACAAGAGUGAGACAUGGGUUACGCCGCCGAGUGUGGAGGUGGCGGGCGGCUUUGAGUCAGAGCUAUCGCCGCCGGUGGCGUCAGCAUGGAGGGAGCUGAGGAAGUCGGAGACGUUCAAUGAUGCGGUGUCGGCGAAGCGAAGAGGGGGGCUGAGGAGGGAAGCUUCGAUGAGUCACGAGGAGUUGAAUCGACGAUUUGAAGCGUUCAUAAUGAAGUUCAACCAUGAAAUGAGGUUACAGAGACAAGAGUCUGAUCAGCGUUACUUAGAAAUGAUUAAUCGGGGAGUUUAAUUUUUAUUAGUAUAAUCUAAUGAUAUUAGUAUAGUUUGUUAAAAAAUAAAGUUUAAUUUCUAUUAGUAUAAUCUAAUA